CAAAUAAUCAAAAAUAUAAAAAAAAAUAUAUUUAUAAAGUAUUCUUAGAAAGAGUUUUUACUUAUUAACUUGUGCUUUCGGUAAAGAGACAAACAUUGAAGCUGUGGAAUACUUAACCAUGGCCUUCUAUACUACUAGGGUUGAUGAAAACGGAAAUGAAAUAGAACGUCGCCAUUCGGCAAGAAGCUUAGCUAUUUCACUGAGCGCUAGUAGCACAAGUACUAAUACAUCCCGCGUUAAUAUAAGUUCACGAAGUUGCGAAACUAAGGCCAGCGUGAGAUACAUUAAUCCUGCUGCUUUCAUUGAAAAAACACCUGAUCAAAGUGAAACAAGUAGUUUCAACGAAGAAAAUAAAAUGCAGUUACCCUCGGAGAGCCAAAGUGAUAUUGUUCCACCACUAGAUUUACAGUCCGAGGAUAACUAUCCCACAACACGCGAUUACACCUUCUCUUAUAGAAAACACUGCGAGGCAGCUAAAAUUGUUCUAAAACCAGAUCUGGCUUACGAGACAUGGUUAUCUGCCAAAAGAAAACUUAUUUCUGACGAAGCCGCUCGUCGCCGAAAGACAGAAGAGCAGAAACGUAAGGAACAGGAAGCGAGAAAGCGGCUUUCUGAAGAAAAGUUUCAACAGUGGUUAAAAACGAAAUCGCGACAAACUCGUCCACGUGAGAUAAUUAAAACAAGUCUGGAUGUGGAAAGAAAACCAAUAAAAUCACAAAUAAUCGAUGAAGAGGUGCAAGCUAAAGUUGACGCUUGGGAACGCGCUAAACAAUUGGAGGACGAGCGACGACGAACAAUUAAAAAGGAGGAGGAAGAGCGACGGCGUGUUAUGGAAGAACAGAGGCGGCAAAUGGCCGCCGAGGCUUGGAAAAAAUGGUUGGGAGAGGUAGAUAAGAAACCGCGACCGGUCCCGCUUAAUCGUGGAAUUUUUACUUUGCGAGGCACUAUAUCCGACAUUUUCGUUAACCCGAACGAGUGGCAGAGUGCGAUCCCAAUAGAGGAAGAUUAACUUUCUUACAUUGAUAUAUAAAUACUUUAAUUUGAUUUGUAAUUCAAUAGUGUUCUUUAACAGUCACCGUAGAUUACAGGCAGGGACUGAAAUGCUUAAAACUUAACAAAAUUUCUUUAGUGAAUAAAAAAAACAUCACACGAUAAA